AUGGGCGAAAAACAGACGCCCUCCCGAAGCGUCAAUGAGUUGCUAGCAAACCUGCGUCGUACCUCGAUCAGCCCCUCCUCCACCUCGCAGUCAGCCCUGCCUGUUGCUGCUCCCAGUGUACCCCCGGCCAUCAGAGAGAUACUCCAGAUCCCAGACACACCGGCCCCUGCUCCUCGCCGUCCUGCCCGUCAGAGAUUCGAUAGCAAUGGCAGGAGACUCCCUGCUGGCCCUCCUCCCCCCAGGAGCUGGGUUGCCCGUAAUUCAUCGGAUGCUGCUCAUGAGGCCUCCUCCAUGAGCCAGUCGCGCUUGAAGUCAAGAGGAUUGGAAGAUACUUGUUUGCCGGGGACUUAUCUCCCGAAACGUGGGAGUCUGAUAGACAUCGUGCUGCAGAAACUCGCAUACGAGUGGGCUUUCCACAGAGUGUACAAUCAGUACCAUCUGUACUUUGUGCCCAACCACCUGAAGGCCGCUCUGAUCCGCUAUGUUGGAAUCGCCAGUGAAGCUGGGCUGUCUUUGAGUGAUCUGAAGCUCAUUCUGCUGCCGCCGCCAGAUACAUUUGAUGAGACCGAGUUGAAUAGUCUGACGGUUUCGAAUCCUGAAGUAAACUACCUCGAUCUUUCGGGCUCCGCAUGCCGGUCAAUUAAACUGAAAGAGAUCAGUGACUUGUUGUUCCCUGCCAGAGAUGAUCAACCCACGACAGAACUACAGGAAUCCUGGGACGCUUCCGAGAGUAUUCCAAGCCCUCCCCGAACUUUGCUGCCCAACCUCACCCACCUUUCGCUCGCCUUGCAUCCCGGACAUGCCUCGUCCGCAUCAUGGAAGCAGCUGCUUUCCCUGUCUCCUAAACUUACCACGCUCACGCAUAUGAGUCUGGCCUACUGGCCCGAACCAUGCUUAACACCGAGGUCUCGCCUGGCCACCGUAUCGAGCCCGCAAGGUCGUUAUGCCUAUGGCGGGACGAACCUUUAUUCACAUUCGCUUGAUCACGAUUGGAGUGAGGCUUUACUCGUAUUGCGCAUGCUGAGUAAGAAUCUAUAUGCGCUCGAGUUCCUUGACCUCACAGGCUGCUGUCCUUGGUUCCCUGCACUGAUGGCCGAAACUGGGCAUGAUUUUGUCAACUGGGCCGAUCAUUGGGGCAAGAUCACUGAGCUUCGACUCUAUACAGGGUGGACUCCUGGUCCUGAUGCAAUGCCAUCUGAGAGAUUGCGUUAUCGAGAGGGAGUUCAAACGGCUAAGGAUGUCGAAAGGCACAUUAGAACCAUGAGAGCAGGCAAGGGAAGAUUCAUUGUCGUAGAACGCGACAGUUUAGAUGAUAUAUAG